AUGAGCACCCCGACGACCCUGCGCACGAUGCGCGCCCCGGCCCAAUUGCGCCACGGCGCCUCCUCUCUCCUCGCCGUCUCCCGAAACUCGACGUCGCCUCUUUCCACCCUCCCGUGGGCCUUGGGCCUCCAACUCCGUCGUGCCCACACGUCUGUCAGCCGCGAUAGAAAGUCGGCUCUCAAGGACGACGCCGACUCGACUGAUGUGGAGAUGUACAGCCGGGUCCUGAACCCGCCGGCCUCGACACGGCCCGCGCCCUUGAACCUGCCACGUCGCGAUCCCGAGGCCUCGACCUUCAGCCACCUCCUCGCCACCGGCAAGGCCUACAUCAGCUUCUACAAGACGGGCCUCAAGGCCGUCUUCACGAACCGCCGGCUCCUCCGCGAGACGCUGGCCGCCAAGCCCGAGGAGGACCGGCAGCGCCCCUCGGUCUGGACGCCGACCGUCGUGCCGGCCUCGUACACGCGCGCCGACUGGCUGCUCCUCUGGCGCGUGCGCCACGACAUGGUGCGCGUGCCCCUCUUCGGCCUCGUGCUGCUCGUCUGCGGCGAGUUCACGCCGCUCGUCGUCUUCCUGAUCGACGGCGUCGUGCCCUACACUUGCCGCCUGCCGCGCCAGAUCGCGCCGGCAUGA